CGAUUCAGAUUGCUUAAUCUUCAAAUGGCUAGAACAAAGCAAACAUCGCGUAAGCGUAAAAGGCCAAUCGGCGAAGAUAAUCAAGCAAAUACCCCUGCUGCCAAGGUCGAUUCUCAAGUCAUGGGUGUACCGGGAAAAGCACCCCACAUUAUGCCCAGAAAACGCUUCUAUCGUCAACGUGCACAUGCAAACCCAUUCUCGGAUCACAAUUUGGAAUAUCCGACAUCUCCCGAAAAAAUGAAUUGGAAUGAUCAUUACCCUAGCUUCUUUCCUUCUCCUGAGGUUAAAGUGGACGAGAAUGAAAAAGUUCAAGAUUUGAACGUAAAUCACAAAGUAGAAUUUGCGGAUGUGGGUUGCGGUUUUGGUGGUUUACUUGUGGCCUUGGCUCCUUUAUUUCCAACUACACUUAUGCUAGGUAUGGAAAUCCGACCGCAUGUGGCUCAAUAUGUGCGGGACAAGAUUUGGGCACUUCGAGCCCAACAAAAAAUGAUGAAAGGAUCUACAGAUACGCCUGCUGUAACCUCCGAUGUAGAUGGGAAAACCUCUCAAGGAGAAGCUUCAUCUACCUCCAUCGUUCUUCCUGCAGUUCCGCCUUCAAUGCCUGAAUUUGUUAAAGCGGUUCAUAAGGAGAAUACUCCUAAUCCCGAAAAUGAUGAAGACGAUGAUGACGAGGCUCCAAUCUUGGUACCUAAAGAUGGCGCGUUUGAGAACGUUAGCGUGAUUCGUGCGAACUCGAUGAAAUUCCUUCCCAACUUCUUUCAAAAGGCACAGUUGAAGAAGAUGUUCUUUUUGUUUCCUGACCCGCAUUUCAAAGCCAGAAAACACAAGGCACGCAUCAUCUCACCAACGCUUUUAUCCGAGUACGGUUAUGUCUUACAGCCUAAUGGUUUACUCUACACCAUCACAGAUGUUCAUGAUUUACAUCUCUGGAUGGUUAAGCAUCUAACCAACCAUCCACUUUUUAUACCUGUAUCCGAAGAAUCCUUAAUAUCAGAUGACAAAGAAAAACAAGUAGUAGAAUCUAUUCGACAAAGUACAGAAGAGGGUAAGAAAGUAGCCAGAAAUAAAGGUGAUAAAUAUUUAGCUGUCUUUAGAAGAAUCAGUUUAGAAGAAGAAAAUGCAUUGUUGUCUGUUGAGGUCGAAUAAAAUCACGCGGUUGAAAUAUUGUGCAAAACGUCAGGUUACUUUGUUCCUUGUGAAAUUCGGUUUAUUCACCAAUCAUUAUGGAGUAAUCUAAUUUUUGAACUAGC